GUCCGCCAUUUUAGGUUGGGUCGGUGGCGGCGCCAUUAAAAAAAGAGAGCGAAAGGAAGAGGGCUUGGCGUGCUCGUGUUGUCGCCGGGGCCGCGAGCGGGGCCGGGGCCUCGGCGGGGAAGCGGCAGCGGGGCCGGGGGCGGCGGGCGGUCGCCGGCCGGCCGGCGCUGGUCAGCGGCGGCGGCGCCGGCGCCAUGUCGGAGCAGCAGUUCACCAUAGACUCGGCCGCGGCGGGCGCCGGAGGCAGCUCGGCGGAGCCGGCGGAGCAGCCUGAGGGGCUGGCGGGGGCUGGGGCGGGGGGCGCCGACGGGGGAGGCGGCGGCGGCGGCGGCGGGAUCGAGUCGGAGGGAGCCAAGAUCGACGCCAGCAAGAACGAGGAGGACGAGGGGAAAAUGUUUAUUGGCGGCCUUAGCUGGGACACUACAAAGAAAGACCUGAAGGACUAUUUCUCUAAAUUUGGUGAAGUUGUAGACUGCACUCUGAAGUUAGAUCCCAUCACUGGGCGAUCAAGAGGCUUCGGCUUUGUACUCUUCAAAGAAUCGGAGAGUGUAGAUAAGGUCAUGGACCAGAAAGAACACAAGCUGAAUGGAAAGGUCAUUGAUCCAAAAAGAGCAAAAGCCAUGAAAACAAAAGAACCCGUUAAAAAGAUUUUUGUUGGGGGCUUAUCUCCAGACACGCCUGAGGAGAAAAUAAGGGAAUAUUUUGGAGGUUUUGGUGAGGUUGAAUCGAUAGAGCUCCCCAUGGACAACAAAACUAACAAGAGGCGUGGAUUUUGCUUCAUUACUUUCAAGGAGGAGGAACCAGUGAAGAAAAUAAUGGAAAAGAAAUACCACAAUGUUGGGCUUAGUAAAUGUGAAAUAAAAGUAGCCAUGUCAAAGGAACAGUACCAGCAGCAGCAGCAGUGGGGGAGUCGAGGAGGAUUUGUCGGAAGAGCUCGAGGAAGAGGUGGAGGCCCGAGUCAAAACUGGAACCAGGGAUACAGCAACUACUGGAAUCAGGGUUAUGGGAACUAUGGCUACAACAGCCAAGGGUAUGGAGGUUAUGGAGGAUAUGACUACACUGGUUACAACAACUACUAUGGAUAUGGUGACUAUAGCAAUCAGCAGAGUGGUUAUGGGAAAGUAUCUCGGCGAGGUGGUCAUCAAAAUAGCUACAAACCAUACUAAAUUAUUCCGUUUGCAACUUACCCCAAACAGCGGGAACUUCAUUGCAGGCCCUGUGUCGCGCUGACUUCACGAUUCUCACAGGCCCGCUCAAUGCGGACAGGGUACGAGAUGCUCACGCUCUCGAAUGCUGCCGUUUGGUAUGGUCUCUUCCAACAUCCUGUAUCAGCAUUAUAAAAUAAAAUGGAUACUUCAAGCUUUGCCUUCACUUAUUUCUUUGCUUUUAAAACUAUAUGUAAUGUAAUUUUAAUGCAUUUUUUACAGGCCCAGUAAUGGUUAAAUACGUCAGCUUACUGAAUAAUUUUAACUUUGUUCUUCUAAGGAUACAGCUUGUCUCUGGAUUUUCCAGUCUUAAUUUUAUAUUUUAUUAAUCUAUUUUAAUGCUUGCUUUUCCCAUUUAUAGACAUUGUAGCAGUAAUUGCAAGAAGUUCUUGAGCUGAAUUCCUGUUGUGUCGACUUCUCCUUAGCUUCUGAACACAAUCCUACUUUUCUUUUAGUUGUGUUUUCUUAACAGAUAAGCUAAUAAUAUUCUAUAGUGGGUCGGCACAAUUCUUAAAUGCAACUUUUGGGCCCAAAAGGUCCAUCCACCAAAAUAGUUUUGGUGGUGGUUAUGGGUAUCAUAGAUGUUUUGUAACAUCUAAGACUAGAAGCAUUUUCUAAGUAAAUUUACAGCAUACAAGGAAAAACUUGUCUUAAACAUUGGUGCACAUGUGGAUUUCCAGCUCAUGGACUCUCCUGUUCAGCUUUAAUUUAAAAAGCAUAUAUUUACAUGAUUAAUGUUGAUAUACCAUAUUUACAUAGAGUGGGGAAUAGGGGUAUCUAAAAUGCAGUUGUCUGUUAAUAAAAAAUAAAAAAAAUUAAAAAAAAAAAACCAACCCAAAACUUUUCUGCUGGCUGUCAAUUUCCACAGAAUGACUUUUGUGUCUUUUCUUUUUUCUAGGUGGAGAUGCAGUAUUUUCUCAUUUGAAGAUUCAUUUGAGGUGGCACGUGCUACCUGCUAAUAGCAGUUCAAACUAAUUUUUGUAUCAAGUCCAUGAAUUGGAAGUAAGACGUUGGGUCCCUCUGAAGUUUAAUUGAGUUUUCAUUAAGACAAAAUUGCUUUCAUGGUCUUAUUUCUUAAUUGCUAUGCUUAAGAAUCAAUCUGUUUUAUGCCCCUUCCUCAGUAUUGUAGCGCGAGUCUUGUGUUCAUAAGCCCAGUGUGACAGUGUCAUGAUGUAGUAGUGUCUUACUGGUUUUUUAAUAAAUCUUUUUGUAUAAA